AUGCCAAUCAUUCAAGUUGGAAGCAUCCCCGUCGAAUUUCCCUAUAACCCCUAUCCCUGUCAGGUUGCCUAUAUGCAAAGUGUCAUAGAUGCGCUUAAUGAGAGACGUCAUGCAAUUCUGGAGUCCCCUACUGGCACCGGAAAGACUCUUUGCCUGCUCUGUGCUUCCCUCGCUUGGCUGGACUAUAUUCGGGCCCAACAGCAGCUCACCGCGUUGAUAGCCUGGGACACACCCCAUCCGACCCCCGAGGCCUUCCACUCUGCAGCCUAUUCCAGCCAUCGAAUCGGAGUUUUGGGCUCAAGAGAUCAGCUGUGCCUUCUUCCCGAGGUGUCUCAGUUGGAAUCCAAUUCUGCUAAGGUGUAUCAGUGUCGCCUACGCGUAACCACAAGAACCUGUGAUUUCUACCGAAACUUUGAUGCCAAUCGAGAAAAGCUGCUGGCAUCGCUUCACUCCUCUUCAACCACCGACAUUGAAGACUUGGUCAAGCUUGGCCGCGAAACACGGUUAGUUCUGUGCCCCGUGGUUUAA